UUUUUCGUUCGUCCAUUCAUUUUCUUAUCUGUUUCUGUAAUGGCUGGCUAUUUUGCGUGGUGGAAUUUGUGAUUUGUUUUAUUGCAUUUAAUUGUCGUUUUUCAUUACAAUCCAUACUGAAUUCACAUAAAAUGAAGUCUAAAAAGCGGCACCAGUCAUCAUCAGAAGAAUCGGAGGAAUCUGAACCUAGUGUGGAAUCAAAGAGUUCGUCGGAGAGCGACAGUGAAGAAUCCUCGGCGUCAGAACACCGGCACAAGAAAAAAAGAAAACGUGCUGACUCCUCAGAGUCAGAGAGCGAUUCCGACGACCAGAGGCGUUCAAAGAAACGGAAACAUAAGAAAAAGAAGAAGAAACAUGGCAAAAAGAAAAGGCGUUCAGAGUCUCCCGAGGAAAGUCAGUCAAUUGAGGAAGUUUCAUCCGCCAGCGAAGGUGAAAUUUCUCCGAAAAAAAAGAGAAAACACAAGCAUAAGCACAAACAUUCUAAAAGAGCUCGCAGCUCUUCUGCUAGUGUAAUAAUUGAAGAAGAAGAGCCAACAGAAAGGCGACUGCAUAGCGUCGUUAAGGAGCGCCGUGAAUCGUCAGAAGAACGUGGCCAGCCUCGAACUUAUUACCCGCGAGACUAUCAUCAGUCGACGGCAGAAAGUGUUGAAAGGGAUCGGGAAGUUCAGCGGUUUUAUCGGGGCUCCAGCAAAGAGCGCAGAUACCAGGAACACUACCGCUAUACCCAUGAACGCAAUGACAGAUUCCAAUAUGACAAAUAUAAAAAUAGUGAGAAAUUUGACCAGACUCAUUCCAAUGAGGAGGAAUACAGUCAAAGGCAGAGACAUUAUGAUGAAUAUAAAAGGAACCAAAGGUAUGAUGAGCGUCGGUCUCCUGUAGAAGAAUACCACAAACGUCCCAGAGACGAUAAUUACCAUUCCAGGGAGGACCCUAGAGGGUACAACCGUUACAACCAAUAUGAAGACAGAAGGCCUAAGCGACCCGACUACGACAAUGGCAGGGAUUACAGGGAAAGGAGACAGCCUCCCGAAGAACGCUACCGCGAGAGGGAAUAUCCAGACAAGAGGGAAAGGUUCAGGGAAGAAGGAUACGUCUCUGAAAGGCCCCGCGACGGACGCCGCGACCGCCCGUUCCGGCCGGAGCCGAAGCCCUUCCCUCCUCACCACAGAGAGCAGUCAAGAUCCGGAAGUCCAGACCCCCGUUACAAGAGCCAAGAGCGGCGCCGGGCCGAGGAGCGCGGCAAGUCCGGCGUCCGGGAGGAGCGCGAGCGCUCCGAGCGCCCCGACCGACCCGCCGACUCCAAACCCAGGGACAGGAAGACCAGAUUUACAAACGUCGACGAGAAAGAUUACACUUGGGGCAAAGCCGAAGCGGGCAAGGACGCGGCCGCGCCCGGCGACAAGGAGAAGCCCAACUUCGGGCUGUCGGGCAAGCUCACGGCCGACGCCAACACCGUCAACGGGGUCGUCAUCAAGUACGCCGAGCCUGACGACGCCAAGCAGCCCAAGAGGCGGUGGAGAUUUUAUCCGUUCAAGGGUGACAAGGCUCUCCCAAUCCUGUACAUCCACCGGCAGUCGAGCUUCCUGAUCGGGCGCGACAAGAAGGUGGUGGACAUCGCGCUGGAGCACCCGUCCAUCAGCAAGCAGCACGCCGCGCUGCAGUACCGCUGCACGGCCUUCACGCGGCCCGACGGCACGCAGGGGCGCCGAGUGCGGCCCUACGUCAUAGACCUGGGUACGUUACAACAACACCCGUCCAUCAGCAAGCAGCACGCCGCGCUGCAGUACCGCUGCACGGCCUUCACGCGGCCCGACGGCACGCAGGGGCGCCGAGUGCGGCCCUACGUCAUAGACCUGGGUACGUUACAACAACACCCGUCCAUCAGCAAGCAGCACGCCGCGCUGCAGUACCGCUGCACGGCCUUCACGCGGCCCGACGGCACGCAGGGGCGCCGAGUGCGGCCCUACGUCAUAGACCUGGGUACGUUACAACAACACCCGUCCAUCAGCAAGCAGCACGCCGCGCUGCAGUACCGCUGCACGGCCUUCACGCGGCCCGACGGCACGCAGGGGCGCCGAGUGCGGCCCUACGUCAUAGACCUGGGUACGUUACAACAACACCCGUCCAUCAGCAAGCAGCACGCCGCGCUGCAGUACCGCUGCACGGCCUUCACGCGGCCCGACGGCACGCAGGGGCGCCGAGUGCGGCCCUACGUCAUAGACCUGGGUACGUUACAACAACACCCGUCCAUCAGCAAGCAGCACGCCGCGCUGCAGUACCGCUGCACGGCCUUCACGCGGCCCGACGGCACGCAGGGGCGCCGAGUGCGGCCCUACGUCAUAGACCUGGGUACGUUACAACAACACCCGUCCAUCAGCAAGCAGCACGCCGCGCUGCAGUACCGCUGCACGGCCUUCACGCGGCCCGACGGCACGCAGGGGCGCCGAGUGCGGCCCUACGUCAUAGACCUGGGUACGUUACAACAACACCCGUCCAUCAGCAAGCAGCACGCCGCGCUGCAGUACCGCUGCACGGCCUUCACGCGGCCCGACGGCACGCAGGGGCGCCGAGUGCGGCCCUACGUCAUAGACCUGGGUACGUUACAACAACACCCGUCCAUCAGCAAGCAGCACGCCGCGCUGCAGUACCGCUGCACGGCCUUCACGCGGCCCGACGGCACGCAGGGGCGCCGAGUGCGGCCCUACGUCAUAGACCUGGGUACGUUACAACAACACCCGUCCAUCAGCAAGCAGCACGCCGCGCUGCAGUACCGCUGCACGGCCUUCACGCGGCCCGACGGCACGCAGGGGCGCCGAGUGCGGCCCUACGUCAUAGACCUGGGUACGUUACAACAACACCCGUCCAUCAGCAAGCAGCACGCCGCGCUGCAGUACCGCUGCACGGCCUUCACGCGGCCCGACGGCACGCAGGGGCGCCGAGUGCGGCCCUACGUCAUAGACCUGGACUCCGCAAACGGCACGUUCGUGAACAACAAGAAGAUCGAAGCGCGGCGCUACGUGGAGCUGCUGGAGCGCGACGUGGUGAAGUUCGGGUUCUCGGCGCGCGAGUACGUGCUGCUGCACGAGAACAGCAAGGACGACGCGCAGGACGACGACCACGAGCCCGCGCUCGCCGCCGUCGCCACCGCCGAGCGCCUGCAGCGCGACAAGCGCGUCAAGCAGGAGCUGGCCGCCGACGGCGAGUAGGCCACUUGUUACUCGUUGCCACGGUUACACUCGCCUUUAGAACCUCGUUUUGUAGCACUUAAAUGAACCAAACAUGUAUUUUUGUGGUAGUUAUAAGCACUUUCCGCGAUGAACUAUCUACCAAGCCAAGCAGGAUAAUAUACCGUGGCAUAAGAGUUCUUCCCAUAAACUGCUACU